CAGAUAACUAAUGGCUCAUAAUAAAUCCAUGCACCCACGAAAUCGGUACAAAGAUAAACCUCCAGAUUUUGCAUACUUGUCUUCCAAGUAUCCAGAAUUUAAGCAGUACAUAACUGUGAGUUUGGCUGGAAAACCAAGGUAUGUUUUAUAUCUUUCACAACAAUGCUGGCAUUAUGUUUCACAUUUAUCUGUACAGUGGAAUCAUAAAAAGCCUGUGAUAUUGUGUAUUGCAUAAACCUUUGUGUUGUGUUUACAGCUUUUCAAUGAAAGCUUAUGGUAAUUAUAAAGUGGAGGUUGGAGCUUAUACAGCUGGUCACACUGCCAUUGCUUCCAUACCUAAUGUGUAGAGUGGUGUGAUAUCCAUUUCAAUGUGAUAUUUCUUUAGGAAAAGGUGGAGCCGUCUAAAAUUGUUGGAGGGUAUACUGUCCACAUCACCCCCAAGGCACAAUAACUGAACUUUGUUUAUUUGAAAGACGCAUUUACCAUAUUUUCAAAUAAGACAUUCUGUGGCUCUCUAGAUUGUUCACAACCAUUUUGUGUAAUGAGUCCUAGGUUUUGCUCAUAGUAUAUCCGAGAGUACUCUAGACUUAAAGUACUAGUGUAAGUGACCAAUUGUUAUGCCCUAGGUCAGUGAUAGCGAACCUUUUUGAGCCCGAGUGCCCAAACCACAAUACAUACAUGCCAACUUUUUUACUUCAAAGUUUUUACCAACACGGCAAUUAAACCUGAAUACUGAGGUUUAAGUUUAGGAAAAAAAACCUCAUACAGUUGUUGGAACUAAUUCUCCUCUUCUCUCCCCCCAGCAUCUUCAGUUCUCUAACCACAGCAUAUUCCCCUCUUCCCACAGCAUCUUCUCUUCUCCCUCAGCAUCUCCUCCUCCUCUUACCCAGAAUCUCCUGCUCCUCCUCUGCCCCUAGCAUCUCCUCUCCCCUUCUCCCCCCAGCAUCUAUAUCUCUAUUUUUCUCUCACAUCAAGAAGUUGCACUUAUUGGUUCAUUUAAUUUUAUUUUUCUUAUUUCUACAACUUGUCAUUCAAUAAAAGUUCACUUUGGGCACCUGCUAUGUGCGAUGUGACAUUUAGCAUUCCUAUUUAACCUGAAAUAUUGCAUUCUCAAAUAUCUAGCUUCUGAUGUUUGCAUGUACUGGAUUGGUUUCUCUCAAAAGGACCAUUCAGUGUGGCCAAAUAAAGUUUAGCCUGUUAAGAAUUUGUUACACAUGCCAUCUUUAUAUCAUUAUCUGGUAGAAAAAAUUUUUAUGGGUCACAUAACCUUCAUAUAAUCUUCUAUGGGUCACAUAACCUUACAGAACUCUGUAAGAUAGUUAUGGAACGCUAUUCAAAAUUUAAAUUCUCUAGUCUCAAACCAUACCCCUGUUAAAACUUAAGCUUGUUCAUAUCAUUCAAAUUCUUCUGAAUGCAAAAACACAUCCAUCAAUUGCCUCCACACUCCUGGAUCGGCCAUUGCGCGAGGGAGCACUGACUUACUUUCUGUUCCAGUACUGCUCCCUCUGCUGAUGCUGCCGGGAGACAGGAAAUUAUAUCAGGCUGGCGGCGCCUGAUUGACGUAAUUUCCUUAAUCCAGACGGCAUCAGCGGAGGGAGCAGUGCUGGAACAGCACAUAAGUCAGUGCUCCCUCACUGCCCUCCAUCCCACUCACCCACCAACAAUACGAAAGCAGAGUAGGCGUCUGCCGUUUUGGGCAGGCGCCUACUCUUCAUUGCCGCCUGGGCAAGCCUAAGGCUGCUGAGCCAGCCAGCGGCGCCCCCAUAAGAUUCGCUGGCCCUGCGUAUCGAUCCGGCGACUUAUGGCUACAUGCCCACAGAGAGGGCACGUGUGCCAUAGGUUCCCCAUCGCUGCCCUAGGUUGUCCAACUCCUAAGAAUUUAUGUAUGUUCUCUGAACAUUCUGUUAACAAACUGUGAUGUCAUCUAAAAUUAACUAAAUGAUUCUGUUUUUGGCAUUUGAUUACUGUCACAGCUUCUCUAUCAAUACAAAUGUGCUACUUUUUUCUUACUAGAGUUUCCACUAUGUAGGGAGGUGCAACAUCCCUGGUUCUAAGUGAUUUUGUCUGUUGCUGAAUGGACUUGGAGUUCCAGUAUAAAUGCAUGCAAAAUUAUGCCUCAGAUUGUCUAGUUAAUAAAAAUGUUUCUUCUAUUUUACUUCUCUGGCAUUAUCUAGUAAAAGGGAUACUACACGCACCUUAAAGCGUUACUGUCAUGCCGAACUUACCUUUCCCCAAUCGAUUCCUCUUCUCUCCCUCUGUCAGGAUCUGUUCUUCAUUUCUUCCUGUCUGCUCUAGUUUUCUUUAAAACAAAAGACAAAGUACUGACCAUCUUUGACCAGUGAAGGAGCAAAGUGUGCUCUGUUUCCUGUAGUCAGAGAAAUAUUCCCAUAAUUCUUACCUUUCCUUCGUAAUCUCGCGAUGCUUCCUGUCAGUAUUCCCGAACGUCCUGUCAUCUAGACAGGACGCUGGCGAAACUACCGAAUGUCAUCCUAACAGAAUGAAAACCGUUUCUCCAUUCAUGUUAGAACGCAAUUCGGGACUUUGUUCGGAUAGGAAUUUCAUUCAAAUGAAUGAAAUUCUGAUCCGAAUCAUGCCGCGGCUGCAUCUUGCAGCCACUUAGUAGAUAACUCCCUAAUUCCCAUGGUAUUAGUGAGCUAUCUACCAAAAGACUGAAACACCUGAAUUGGUCUUUCAGCCAAAUUUACUAAUACUAAGUAAAUAUUACUUAGUAUUAGUAAAUUCUGCCCCUACUCGCUAUAUCGUGAGUAGGGGCAUGUCUACUAAACAGUGAGCAGCCUGUGUGUGUAAAGAAAAAAAGUUUGAGAUGGUUUUUCAUGCUUAUUUGUUUCUCAUUGUGUGUGCUUAAGACUCUUACUUUUAUUCACGCUAGUUUAAACUUCAAGGAUCCAGGAGCAGUGAGAGCCUUGACGUGCACCCUCUUAAAGGAAGAUUUUGGGCUCACCAUUGACAUACCUCUUGAACGGUUAAUUCCUACUGUUCCUCUGAGACUCAAUUAUAUUCAUUGGGUGGAAGAUUUGAUCAACUAUCAUGAUUCUGACAAGACUGUUCUGCGCAGGGGGAUCGACAUAGGUAAAUAA